AUGGGCUCUGUGUCAAACCAGCAGUUCGCAGGUGGCUGCGCUAAGGCGCCGGAGGAGGCGCCGGAGGAGGCGCCGGAGGACGCGGCCCGCGCGGCGGAGGAGCCGCAGCUGCUGCACGGUGCCGGCAUCUGUAAGUGGUUCAACGUGCGCAUGGGGUUCGGCUUCCUGUCCAUGACCGCCCGCGCAGGGGUCGCGCUCGACCCCCCGGUGGAUGUCUUUGUGCACCAGAGUAAGCUGCACAUGGAGGGCUUCCGGAGCCUGAAGGAGGGGGAGGCUGUGGAGUUCACCUUUAAGAAGUCCGCCAAGGGCCUGGAAUCUAUCCGAGUCACCGGCCCUGGUGGGGUGUUCUGUAUUGGGAGUGAAAGGCGGCCCAAAGGGAAGAAUGUACAGAAACGCAGAUCAAAGGGAGACAGGUGCUACAACUGUGGAGGUCUAGACCAUCAUGCCAAGGAAUGCAAACUGCCACCGCAGCCCAAGAAGUGCCAUUUCUGCCAGAGCAUCAGCCAUAUGGUAGCCUCGUGCCCACUGAAGGCCCAGCAAGCUCCCAGCUCCCAGGGAAAGCCAGCCUACUUUCGGGAGGAGGAAGAAGAGAUCCAUAGCUCUGCCAUGCUCCCAGAGGCCCAGAAUUGA